AUGUCCUGUACUCCGUUGUAUUUUCAGAAUGAAGUAUACAAGAACCCCGACCUCUGGAUCUGCCUGUUCGUGAACUAUGGCUGCGACGAGUGGGAACUUGAAAAGCAAUGCGUGCAUUCUGCGUGGAUGACCGAGGGGGGCGAACCGGACGCGGUGUUCUACCCCAGAGUCAAACUGGGCCAGGAACAAGAAACGACGACCGAGCAACUACAAAUCGAAGCUAUUCCUGAAAACACCGAUUUUGACAGCGAGGGGAACUACGUGGAGGAUGGGAGAGGCCAGUGCGUGGUUUUCAAGACGUCGGCUGCGACCGCCUUUGUUGGACAAGAACGGGACCCCCACGAGUUCCUGGACUACGUCCAUUUGGAUAUGUACUGGUACCCCGGCGGCGAAUUUGGAAACUCUACGACUUGCGUCGCUGAUGGAGUAGAGUGGGCGGACCACAGGUGA